AUAGAGCAGUCCCGUGCCGGUCAUGUGAUGCUCUCCGCAUUUGCAGAUCUCUAGGACGCUCCCUCCAUUGCUGUUCCGCUGGCGUUGUCUUGGUUGGGGUUGCAAAGCUUCUUCCCCUUGAUAUCGCCGUUCGGUGCAUUGAUUGCUUGUCCAAUUGUUCCAAUGCGAAUAAUGAGCUCCUACUGCUGGAGCUCGUCGCAACAAUACCAUGCCGAACACCGUUGCAGCUCGAACAAGCCAUAUCCAGCGGAUGACAAGAGCGGCCAAGCAAGCUGAAAAUAAUGACGAGGAUCAUAGUUCAGGGGAAUCUCCAUCUGGUCCUGAUACUGAUGACGAUUCUGUUGGGCAGAAUGGACAGAAUGGCGCGAAUAAAAUCCCACGCGGAAUGAAGCGAAAACGCCCUCUUAUUGUGUCAUGUGAACUAUGCAAACAAAGAAAAGUCAAAUGCGAUCGUGCCCAACCCAGCUGUGGAUGGUGUGCCCGCAAUGGCCAGUUAUGCGAAUACAAGGAGCGGAAGAAGCCCGGCCUGAGAGCUGGGUACGGCAAGGAAUUAGAGCAGAGACUAAACAGACUGGAGGAGAUCAUUCAAGCCCAAGGCCGCCUCAUCGAGACGCAUAUCCUUCAGGGUCAACCUCACUCGAACCAGGGAUCGUUAUCUUACACUUCCCCGUCUGAGCCAUCAGCAUGCCACGGGCCCAGUCCACGCGGUGUACCAUACUCACAGGAGUCAGUGUCGGCUCAUGUAUCUACCCAGCGAACAGGUAUUCCCAUCACUGGCCUGCCGGACACAUCAAUUUCACAGCAUCAGCUACCAAACAGAAUCGGUGCGGCAGUGCCAUUUACCCAAGCGCAGGGUGCGAAUCACGGCAUCUAUGCUGCAAACGAGUCAUCGUUGAGGGUGCCUGUUGAUCUGUAUUCCAAUGAAGAACAGUCUUUCUCAGAUCCAGACCUUGAUCUUCCGCCGUACGAUCUACUGUACGCAUUAGUAGAUCUCUAUUUUGAGCAUAUCAAUACCUGGUGCCCGAUCCUUCAUCGUCGGACAACGUUGGACACCUUUUUUGGACCAUCCCCUUUAGACGAAGCGGACCGUAUCGUCCUCUAUGCAAUCGUGGCCACCACUUUACGCUUUUCAAGCGAUCUCAGACUUAACGGACACAGCAAGCAGCGUUACCAUGAUGCAGCCAAGCAAAAGGUUCUCCUAUACGGACUAGAAAAUUCAUCUGUGAAGGCUCUUCAGGCUCUAGUGAUUCUGGCUUUAGAUUUAGUCGGUUCCUCCAACGGCCCUCCUGGCUGGAAGCUACUUGCUCUGAUUGCACGGUCCUUGGUCCAACUAGGUUUAGCCGCGGAAACAAAAUCGUCGCUUGCUGGCCCUAUAUACCCUUCCAUUUACACGCUGAGGGCAAUUGUCUUGCCAGAGCCGGGGUCCUGGAUCGAGGAUGAGGGUAGACGCCGGCUGUUCUGGAUGGUGUACCUCUUGGACAGGUAUUCAACAAUCGCGACCGCCUUUGAUUUUGCUUUGGAUGACAAGGAUAUCAAUCUCAAGCUUCCUUGCAAGGAGGAAUAUUUUGUGAAGAAUCAAGCGGUUGAGACGCGGUGGUUCCGUUCUUCAAGGGAGUGUGCCAAUUACGUAAAUAACCACCCAGAAAAUGUCGGAUCUUUUGGACUCUACGUCGAGGUACUCGGCAUUCUAUCUCGGAUCCAUAUAUUUUUAAAACGACCUGUGGAUAUUGGAGCCCUGUCGGACGUCGAAGAAUGGCAAAGUACGUACCGAAAGCUGGACAAUGAGUUGAAGAAUUGGGAAUAUCACCUCCCGACUGAAUAUGCCUAUGAGAACUUAACUCGAUAUUUCAAUGGACCAAAACAGACCAAGAAUUCACAAUGUGAUUUGGUCCAAUUACACGCCACAUAUCAGACGGCUGUGAUCCGACUUCAUUCAUCCGCAGCGUAUCCGACAACUCGAUCGCCUAUUUUCACUCCGUCAUACGGUGCUAGUCAACGAUGUCUCCUUGCGGUUGACAACAUACUCUCGAUAACCCGGUUCGUCGUGGAGAAUAACCUUCUAAACAAACUCGGUCCCCCGUUUGCCUUUACUCUCUGGGUUUGUGCUCGUCUAUUGCUCGUACACGGGUCAACAAUCGCCCAGACAGUCAGCCCAGAUAUACUUUUCUUCGUCGAUACACUUGCUCGCAUGGGCAAGCACUGGAAGGUAGCAGGACGCUACAGCUCGAUCCUACAGCGUGUUCUCGACGAGUACAAUGAAUAUCAGCAAUCUUCAGCAACGGACGGCGAGCGGGCCACACCGUCUACGGUUAAAAUCCUCGCAGAUAUGCGUCGUUGCGCGUUCGAUCUUGAUUUCCUCAUAUCAAACCAGCCACGCUCUUCGACGAUUGGAAUGACAGCGAUAGGAGAUGGCCACCAAACCCCUUCGAUAGCUACCGCAAUGCCACCAAGAGACCCGGCCCCGAAUGAGCUGGAAUACCUUGACGUCUUCGGUUUUUUCAACUUUCCACGAGUCGUUCCGUCGCGAACACCAGACAUGACAAACAUCAGCAUGAAUGAGACAACAUCCAACGAUCCAAUGUCGAUCAACGGCCUUACUGAAUCAGGACAAGUUGAUGCAACACCGUCACAUGCUAACGAGUUUAACAUUACGAACUACCUGGUCCCAACUCCGGAAACUGACUGGCUAUUCCGCCCUGCCGGAUGAGGAGACUCCAGUUCAUCACCUAGAGCUGCCCUCUCACACCGGUAUCGCUGUCAUCUUCAAGGCCUAUUGAGCCAUCCUUUAUAGAUGACAUAUAUAUCUAACCUAGAUCCUACGGAUCUCCUAGUCGUCAGCCAUUUUGACUGCAUUCAAUGGCUUUUCAGCAUAUGCGAGACCGGUUAUUUCUCCAUCAAGGUGCCCGUGAAAGAAGUUCGGUCUUAGUAGGUUAUGGCACUGUUCAGAGUCUAUGUCGAGGACUGUAUUUCGUCAGACCAGUUAGGUUCUCACGCACUUCUCUAAUUAUUCGCUCGGAUUUCUAUAGUCUAGAGGCUGCGUUUCCUUGCUUACUAGGAAAGUACGAUGAAGACACUCCAAGAGACGCUCAAUCAAGACCAAUGAUUGCUUUCCUAAAAUUACCUCCAAUUUGGUCCAAGACUAGUAAAGCAGUGGUGUGAUAUCUUGUUAGCCAGGACCUUUGGUGAUUGAAUUUUUGUACUACUGAACCAUUUAGGGCUCUCCCGCUAUACAUUUUUGAGACACCUUGUGGAAAAC